UGCUUGAAUUCUGUAAAGAAGUUGGUUUACCUGGAGUGGCUUUCUUGACUCAACAAUGUGGUGUUAACUACAUAAUGCACCAGUUUUAUCAUGGAAAGUUGUCUAAUCCGGUGUCUGAGUUUCCAAUCUCGAUUCAAGGAUUGCCGCCAAUUGAAUCUGCAGAUCUUCCUUAUUUUGGUAGUAAUGUACCAUACCAUUUUGCAUUGGUAGCUGCGCAGUUCUCAAAUAUAACUCAGGCAGAUUGUGUCCUUGUCAACACAUACUAUGAGCUGGAAAAGGAGGUGGUGGAUGAAUUUUCCAAACACUGUCCGGUUCUCACAGUAGGACCAACAGUUCCUACUUUCUACCUGGAUAGGAGAGUUGUAGAUGACAAAGAAUAUGGAGUCCUUUCAACACAGAAUGACCCGUCAACAUGUUUAAAUUGGCUAAGUAGCAAACCAACCAGGUCAGUUAUUUACGCAUCGUUAAGUAGUGUGAGGUCUGCCAGUUUUGGCGAAAAGCAAUUACAGGAACUUGCUUUGGCUUUGAAGAACAGCAAUUACUAUUUCUUAUGGUCUGUCAAAUCUUUUGAGGCUGAAAAGUUGCCAAAAAAUUUUAAAGAAGAAACAUUUGAUAGAGGCCUUCUCGUCCAAUGGACUCCGCAAUUGGAAGUACUAUCGAGUGAGGCAGUAGGAUGCAUUCUUUCACAUUGUGGUUGGAAUUCAACACUCGAAGCCCUGAGCCUAGGAAUGCCAAUAGUGGCAAUGCCACAAUUUGCAGAUCAACAGCCAAAUGCUAAGUUUAUCCAGGACGUUUGGAAGGUGGGGAUUAGAGUGAAGCAUGAUAAGAAUGGACUUGCGACUAAGGAAGAAAUUGGACGAUGCAUUAAGGAAGUAAUGGAAGGAGAAACAGGCAAAGGAAUAAAGGAAAAUGCUACGAAGUUUUCCAAUUUGGCUAAAGCGGCAGUUAGUGAAGGUGGAAGUUCAGAUACAAAUCUCAAUUACUUUGUAAGCAAGAUAACGAGUUCCUCUUGAUCAUCCUGUUCUUGAGAACCUUAUGUUGAUUGUGUUGUUUGUCUAUCUAAUCUUCACUGACUUGUAUUUCGUCAUAUUAAUUACCAACAAAAUUGAAAUAGCUUUUUUUUUUCCCAAGCUGGCAAUGAGCACUUGUA